AUGGCGGACAUGGUGUUGUAUGAAAGCCCGAUUGGGUAUGCGCUGUUUCGGAUCAAAGAUUUCGAGCAAGUAGCUAAGACUGAUGUGUUUGAGAAGUCAGCGUUGGACUUUCCAACGUUUUCGCAAAGUGUCACUCUUUCUGCCUUUGUCGAGUUCAAGACCGCCGAAGAAUUACUCGAGAACAUCAAUGCCAUUUCUGAAGGCGCCGUCCACCCAACACUCCAAUUGUUUUUGAAACAAAAUGUGAAAGGGCAAAAACUAGGGUUGCUCGACGAGAAGUUGGCGGGAGCGAUUAAAGAGUCGUUGGAUAUCGAAUGCUUGAAAGGGAAAGAAAUUGCACUUGUGAUCAGAGGGAUUAGAACGCACUUCCCGAAGUUUUUGAAGGACAUUAACGACGGAGAUAUUCGCACUGCUAUGAUGGGUCUUGGGCACUCGUAUUCGAGAAAUAAAGUGAAGUUCAAUGUGAACAAACAAGACACGAUGGCAGUCCAAGCCAUUUUCAUGUUGGAUCAACUUGAAAAGGAUAUGAACACCUUCACUAUGAGAAUUAAAGAGUGGUAUUCAUGGCACUUCCCAGAGUUGUACAACAUCCUUUCACAUGACAACGCCAUGUUUGUCAAAUGUGUCUUGUUGAUCCAGAACCGCCACAGUCUUGAUGCGGAGAAGAAAAAGAAGUUAGUUGAAAUUGCUGGUGAAGACUUGUCUGAGCGGAUCUGCACCGCUGCGGAUAUGUCCAUGGGCUUUGACUUGAACGAAUUUGAUUUACAGAACGUCAACGCGUUUGCGAAGAAAGUCACUGAAUUGCAGGAAUACAAGGACAAAUUGCAAGAGUACCUUCACUCGAAGAUGACCACUAUUGCUCCCAAUUUGACUGAAUUGAUUGGCGACUCUGUCGGAGCUCGUUUACUCACUAAAGCAGGUUCACUCACAAAUCUGGCGAAAUGCCCCGCAAGUACUUUACAGAUUCUUGGUGCUGAGAAGGCCCUUUUCAGAGCAAUUAAGACUCGUGCGAACACUCCUAAGUAUGGAGUAAUCUUUGGAGCUAGUUUCAUCCAAAAAGCAGACCCUAAGAACAAGGGAAGAAUCAGUAGAUAUCUCGCUAAUAAGGCAUCGACUUGCGCAAGAAUCGAUUGCUUCUCGGAUAUCAACACUAACAAAUUUGGUGAGGCGAUGAAGGAUCAAGUCACUGAAAGAAUGGAUUUCUUGAAGACGGGAAAGGUACCUAAGACUAACAUCGACACUAUCAAAAAGGUCAUGGAAGAGGUCGGAAUGAAACAUUACGUCGAAGAAGAAGAAGUCGUCGUCGAGAAGGGGAAGAAGAAAAGCAAAAAGAUGGAAAGCUCGUCUUCGGAGAGUUCUAGUGAAGACAGUGACUAA